AUGCGCACCGCGCUCGGGCGCGUUCGCGAGCGCGCGCGGCGGUUCGCCACCGAUGCCGCGCCCGCGUUCGCGACCGCGGUCGCCGGUCAACCCACCGCGGAGACGCACCCACACGUGAUUCGCGCGCGCGGCGACCUCACCCCAGGGGUCUCGCGCGCGGCGUACGCCGAGCGACGCAACGCGCUCGCCAGGGCGCUCCCGCCGCGGUCGUGCGCGAUAUUGACGAGCGCUCCAGGGUUGAAAUUCCCGGGAACGGUGAUCCCGGCGGGACGGUACAGACAAGACGCGGACUUUGGGUAUCACACGGGCGUGACGCAAGCCGAGUGCGUAGCCGUCGUCGAACGCGGAGAGUCCGAGCGUGACGUCACGUAUACGUUGGUCGUUCCCGAGUUCUCGGAGCGGUAUACGACGUGGGACGGUGAGAGAAUCAACGCGGCGGCGGCGGAGAGCGUGUUCGGGGCGGAUGAGGCGUACGAGAACGGCGAGCGGGCGGUGGGACGCGUGGCGGACGCGAUGCGACGCGCCGUGUGCGGGGUGUUUGUGGACGUCGAUAAAGUGGACGAAGAUUGCGAGGUGGUGAGAAGAGCAAUGUCAGCGGUAGCUCUGCACGCUCGAGAGCGAGAUGGAGUUCGUCCUCUACGAGGCAUCGCGCACAGGCUGCGGUGGAAAAAGAGUGAGGAGGAGUUGGAGUUGUUAAAGAGGAGCGUAGAUUUAGAUGUUCGUGCGUUCGUGCGGGCGUUUCAAACGAGCGAGGUGGGUCAAACGGAGGCAGCGGUCAUGGCGCAUCACGAGGCGGAGAUCAGAAUAGGUGGUGCCGAUCGUUUGGCGUACCCAUCGGUGGUCGCCUCAGGCGCAGGCGCGUGCGUCGUGCACUAUCAUCAGAACGACAAGAUGCUCGAAGAAGGCGAUCUUUUGCUCAUGGACGCCGGUUGCGAGCUCAAUGGCUAUGUGAGCGAUAUCACGCGCACGUGGCCUAUCAACGGGAAGUGGACGCAGGCGCAGCUAGACGUGUACUCAGUCGUCCUCGAGGCGCAUCAGGAGUGCCUUCGAGCCUCGCGCGCGGACGGCGAUACCUCUCUCAUGGACAUCCAUCGGCUCUCCAUAGACAUCCUGGCGAAGGGUUUAGCUAAGCUCUUACCACACACGUCGGCAAAGAGACUCAUUCGUACUGGAGAGUACGCCAAGUAUUAUCCCCACUCGGUCGGUCACUGGCUUGGAAUGGACACGCACGACGUGCCAUCCAUUUCCGUGUCCACUCCGUUCGAACGCUCGGUCGCUUUCACGAUCGAACCUGGAUUAUACUUCGCCCCCAGCGACAUCACCAUCCCCAGAGACCUUCGCGGGAUCGGGGUCCGGAUCGAAGACGACUGCUUCAUCGACGCCUCUGGCGACGCCGUCAGUCUCUCCGCCAAUCUGCCCGUCGACCCCGACGCCGUCGCCGCGCUCGCUUCGUCAACCUUUUUUAGACCCCUGUAG